AACUUGUUAGAGUUUGUUGCGAAAUUUCAAGUCCUUCCCAUUCCUAUUUCGUCCCACAACUGCUCUCUCUCUCUCUCUCUCAAUAUUCUUUUCCUCUUUGGCUCCUUCCUUCAUACUAGCACCACAACAAAACAAAACAUAAGCAUACAAUAUCAUUAGUAUAAUUAUAAUUAUUAGAGUUAUAAUUGGUAUUAUUAGAGGUGUAAAUCCUGCUUGGACAUCUAUCCCUGUUGGAAGUCCACCUCAUCUUUUCUUCACGCCAUCGGAACAGGUGUGUUUAUUUAAGGUGGUAGAAUUACUUACAUGGCUAUCAGAACUUGAUCUGAUUGCAAGUUAUUUGGUUCGGUGGCAAUAUUGGAAGUGCAGUUUUUCUUAAGUGGUCUAGAUGGGGACUGGGGAAGAAAGCACAGCUAAACCUUCUAAACCAUCGUCUACAACUCAGGAGAUUGCACCGGCUCCUUCCUAUCCUGAUUGGUCAAGCUCUAUGCAGGCUUAUUAUGCCCCUGGAGCUACUCCACCUCCUUUUUACGCCUCAACUGUUGCUUCUGCAGCUCCCCAUCCCUAUUUGUGGGGAGGCCAGCAUCCUCUAAUGCCACCAUAUGGUACUCCUGUUCCAUAUCCAGCUAUAUAUCCUCCUGGGAGUGUCUAUGCUCAUCCUAGCAUGGCAACGACUCCGAGUGCCCCACAGACCGACUUUGUAGGCAAGGUACCCAACGGAAAAGAUCGGAAUUCCGCUAAAAAUUUGAAGGGAACUUCUGCCAAUAAUGGUUCUAAAGCAGGAGACAAUGGAAAGGCAGGCUCGGGGUCAGGAAAUGAUGCCAUCUCACAAAGUGGUGAAAGCGGUUCUGAGGGAUCAUCCGAUGACAGUGAUGAGAAUGCUAACCAUCAGGAAUCGGCUACAAACAAGAAAGGAAGCUUUGACAAAAUGCUUGCUGAUGGAGCCAAUGCACAGAACAAUGCCGGAACUCAAUCUUCUGGAAAGGCUGCUGUGUCAAUGGCUGCAACUAAUCUUAAUAUUGGAAUGGACUUGUGGAAUGCAUCUUCUGCAGGUGCUGAUGCUACAAAACUGAGAAACAAUCAACCUGCCCCAGGAGCUGUCAACCCUCCUACUAUAAUGGGACGUGAAGUUGCACUUGGUGAACAGUGGAUACAAGACGAACGUGAGCUGAAGAGACAGAAAAGGAAACAGUCUAACAGAGAAUCAGCUAGGAGGUCAAGACUACGCAAGCAGGCCGAGUGUGAAGAGUUGCAAAAGAAGGUGGAGUCACUGGGAAACGAGAACCGAACUCUGAGAGAAGAACUUCAGAGAGUAUCAGAAGAAUGCGAGAAGCUUACAGCUGAAAAUAAUUCCAUCAAGGAAGAGUUGGAAAGGUUAUGUGGACCAGAAGCAGUUGCCAGCCUCGAAUAAAUCACCUUUUUGUUAUCUUCAUUAUAAGGCAACCCCGAGGUUUGAUCAAUUCCCAGAGCUAGAAGAGACAGACUUGCAGCUGCAAUUCUAUCAAUGCCGGUUCUAUUAAUUAAUCGAGCAUAGGAUAUAGUAUAAUUUUUCUUCUUUGUUCACUAAUUUUAUCAUACCAUUAAUUAACCCUCAAUUGUAAUUCUCCUGAUGUUAUUAUUAUACACGUCAUUUGUUGUAAUAUUUCAUCUGCCCUGAAGCGUAGAUUAUGUUAGGAUAAUUGAGCAUUUGUGCUCAGAAAUUAGUUUUGCAACUCAUGUCAUGAUAACGCUUAUAUCUCCCAGCACCGUGGGUGACUGGAACCACGUCUUUGUUCUCUCCUAUAUAAUAAUAUCUGAGGAUUUGAGGUGA